AUGGGAGGUGGGUGUGGGAGUGGGGUGUGGGAGUGGGGUGUGGGAGGUGGGUGUGGGAGUGGGGUGUGGGAGGUGGGUGUGGGAGUGGGGUGUGGGAGGUGGGUGUGGGAGUGGAGUGUGGGAGUGGGGUGUGGGAGGUGGGUGUGGGAGUGGGGUGUGGGAGGUGGGUGUGGGAGUGUGGUGUGGGAGGUGGGUGUGGGAGUGGGGUGUGGGAGGUGGGUGUGGGAGUGGGGUGUGGGAGUGGGGUGUGGGAGGUGGGUGUGGGAGUGGGGUGUGGGAGGUGGGUGUGGGAGUGGGGUGUGGGAGGUGGGUGUGGGAGUGGGGUGUGGGAGUGGGGUGUGGGAGUGGGGUGUGGGAGGUGGGUGUGGGAGGUGGGUGUGGGAGGUGGGUGUGGGAGUGGGGUGUGGGAGUUGGGUGUGGGAGGUGGGUGUGGGAGGUGGGUGUGGGAGGUCCAGUGGGAGUGGGGUGUGGGAGUGGAGUGUGGGAGUGGGGUGUGGGUGUGGGAGGUGGGUGUGGGAGUGGAGUGUGGGAGUGGGGUGUGGGAGUGGGGUGUGGGAGGUGGGUGUGGGAGUGGGGUGUGGGAGGUGGGUGUGGGAGUGGGUUGUGGGAGGUGGGUGUGGGAGUGGGGUGUGGGAGGUGGGUGUGGGAGUGGCGUGUGGGAGGUGGGUGUGGGAGGUGGGUGUGGGAGGUGGGUGUGGGAGUGAGGUGUGGGAGUGGGGUGUGGGAGGUGGGUGUGGGAGUGGGGUGUGGAAGGUGGGUGUGGGAGUGGAGUGUGGGAGUGGGGUGUGGGAGUGGGGUGUGGGAGGUGGGUGUGGGAGGUGGGUGUGGGAGGUGGGUGUGGGAGUGGGGUGUGGGAGUGGGGUGUGGGGGUGGGGGAGUGGGGUGUGGGAGGUGGGUGUGGGAGGUGGAUGUGGGAGUGGAGUGUGGGAGUGGGGUGUGGGAGUGUGGUGUGGGAGUGGGAGGUGGGUGUGGGAGGUGGGUGUGGGAGUGGGGUGUGGGAGUGGGGUGUGGGAGUGUGGUGUGGGAGGUGGGUGUGGGAGGUGGGUGUGGGAGUGGGGUGUGGGAGUGGGGUGUGGGAGUGGAGUGUGGGAGUGGGGUGUGGGAGGUGGGUGUGGGAGUGGGGUGUGGGAGGUGGGUGUGGGAGGUGGGUGUGGGAGUGGGGUGUGGGAGUGUGGUGUGGGUGUGGGAGGUGGGUGUGGGAGUAGGGUGUGGGUGUGGGUGUGGGAGUGGGGUGUGGGGUGUGGGAGUGGAGUGUGGGAGUGGGGUGUGGGAGGUGGGUGUGGGAGUGGGGUGUGGGAGGUGGGUGUGGGAGUGGGGUGUGGGAGGUGGGUGUGGGGUGUGGGAGUGGGGUGUGAGAGGUGGGUGUGGGAGUGGGGUGUGGGAGGUGGGUGUGGGAGUGGGUGUGGGAGUGAGGUGUGGGAGUGGGGUGUGGGAGGUGGGUGUGGGAGUGGAGUGUGGGAGUGGAGUGUGGGAGUGGGGUGUGGGAGUGGGGUGUGGGAGGUGGGUGUGGGAGGUGGGUGUGGGAGUGUGGUGUGGGAGGUGGGUGUGGGAGUGGGGUGUGGGAGGUGGGUGUGGGAGUGGGGUGUGGGAGUGGGGUAUAUGACAUUCAGGAGUUCAAGAAGUACCAAACUGCUAAGACCUAUGAUAUCUUCCAUGAAAUCAGGAAUAUUCUAA